AUGGAAAUGCAAUCUAAUAGUUCACAUAAAUUCAUAAUAAUAAAUAUUUCACGAAAUUUUUCGAAUUUUCAUAUAUUCGUUAUUGAAAUAUUUAGUGAGAGUAUACAGUACAAUUUAACAAAUGAUACAUAUGCAACAUUGGAAGCUGUUGAUUAUAAUUUUUUAAUUUUGUAUAUUGGUGAAUAUGUGAAUAUUAUUAAUUCAACUCAAGAUUGGUGCUAUGGAAAUAAAGAAGGCGAUGAAUCAGUUUGUGGGCUUUUCCCACGUUCUGCAGUUUUUUUAUUACCAGAUCCAUCCUUAUGGCCUUUUUCAAGAGAGGCCCAAGAAAUAAUUUUAGAAUUAAAUGAGACUCUAGAGGAAUGGUGGAUUUCUAUAAAGGAGACUUAUGGGAAACAAGCAAGAAUUGGUUGUCAGGAUGAUGUUUUACUUUUUAUGGAAGAUUUGAUGGUAAUGCGUAAAAAAAUUCUCUCGGGGAAUGUUCCAAUAGAAGAACUGAAAGAUAUGAGAUUACAGUUGGCAAAAAAAAUCGAUCUCGGCAAUCAGUGGCUAGGUCUGGAUAUGAUUAUACGCGAUGAAACUGGUCGAUCCAUUGACCUUGAUUCUGUUUCUGUUGUGCAGAUUUUUCGAGCGCAUAUCACUGCUGCUGAAAAAAUUCUGAAUGAUUCGAAACCCAGUGAUAUACGUGUUGUAAAUGCUUUCUCUUUACUUGUUCAUGCACAGUCAGCUACUGUAGAUUGUAAAUCUGAAUGCGAGUUCUCUUUAUCUUUAUAUGAUUCUACUGAUCAGAAGUUCAUAUCCGAGAAUUUCAUUUUCUACUGGAGUCCUCAGAUUGGUGCCCUCUCAAAUCGUAGCAGCAAGGCUCUUUUCAUUGAUCUUGGCUCAAAGGAAUAUCCAUCAUUUCCGGCAUCAACUAAAACUCAUCGUAUUUUUCUAUGUAUUAGAGUGUCGCGCAUAGCACCUAUUGAUCCAUCAUCAGCAACAAUGAAAAAGGUAUUUGAUGCUGGCCCACCACAGUUAUGGUCUCGUCAACCAUAUGCUGCAGCGCUACUUGAUCUUUCUGAUAUAUUUGAUAGACCAGUCAAUGACCAUAUCGUUCCAUUGAAUAGAGAAGACACAUUAGAGCAAUUGAUUGCGAAGGCUCGAUCAACUAACUCAAUGAAAAUUUCAAAUGGCGAGAAUAGUGCCGCAUUUGGACGUUCUAAAUUAAUGCUAUCAACAGAAAUUUUAAUCGGAUCAUUGACAGAAAUAAAAAAGUCGAAUCUACAUAUUUUUUCAAUCAACCCUCCUGUUGAAGUGAAAAAAAUGUAUUUUGCGGAUGUUAUAUCUUGCGAUGAAUCUCGUAAUGAUCUUUAUUUAACACUUUUGCACGGUGAUUUCCAUGGUGGAAAAGGUUCUGACAAAAAUAUCGAAGCCCGUGUUUCCGUGGUUGAUUCUAAUGGAGUUGUUAACAAUAGCAUUGAAAUUUGCACGGCUGAUGGGACUUUGCAUCGAUCAACUUAUCAUAGCCUUGUUUUCUAUCAUGAAGAUAAGCCUAAAUGGAAUGAAACUAUUAAGAUACAAAUACCGGAUGAAGCAGAUCAAAACGUGCAUCUUCGUAUAACGUUUCAUUUUAAGAAAAGCUAUGAUAAAACAAAACAAGAAAAGGGUCCUUUUGCCUUAGCAUUUGCUCGAAUCAUGGAGGGAUCUACCUUGAUAGGAGAUGGUACUCAUGAGUUGCUUGUUUAUAAGAUAGAGCCAGGAAAAUUUGACAUAAACGAUAUAACCUAUACUCGUCUUCCUGCGACUCGUAACGAAUUGAAAGCAUCACAAUCACAGAUGCGCCCUCAAACAACAACUUUCAUAUAUUAUGAAAAGAAUUACAUUAUAAUCCAAACAAUCACAUGUUCAACAACUUUAACGCACAAUAAAAAUUUAUUAGAUAUUCUUCAGUGGAAAGCCAACCGUGGGAAUCUAAAAUUACGAUUAGAAGAAAUUUCGAAAUCGAAAGGCAUAAUGGUCAGUGAAGAAAUUGUUAAGUUUAUUCCUAAUUUCUGUGAUGUACUUUUCGAAAUAAUGGAUCAGUAUUCCGAUUACGAUGAACUUAUUUUUGAUUCUCUGAUUUUUGUAAUACAGUUAGUCUGUGAGGAACGUUACAAAAAUUUUCGCAUUAUUUUGCAAAAAUAUGUGGAAAACUUCCAUUCAACAAUAGCUUUCGCAAAAUUAAUGCCUCUCCUGCAAAAACGAAUCGAAAAUGCAGAAGAAACUCAUGAAUGGACUUUAAGCACAAUCAAAUCUCUUGGUAUUUUAAUGCAAAUUAUCGUGAAGUCAAAACGCUGUAGUGACAGGUUGGGCGUAACUCAAGCUGAUUUUCAUCAAUUGAUGGCUGAAUUUUUAAAUGCAGUUAUUCUUUUUUUACGAAAUAAACGGGUACGUAUGACAUGCCAAAAUACAGCAUUGAAAUAUUUGCCAACUAUAUUCCCACAUGUUUGCUCUCCAGAUAUUUACAGUCCACAAGAACUAACAGCAUUUUUGGUCAAUAUUUUGGAUCAUAUAAAUGGUAGUAUAAGUCCUCGCUAUCGUUUAAAUUUCAUCAGAGAGAUCAUUCAGUCAAAUCUGUUUCUAGAAGGUCAUAAUCGAUGCCAUCUUCUUCCAAAAGUUCUCGAUAAAGUACUUGAAGAAUUGGAUGAUAUUGUUUCGCAAACACCUAAUAUCGAUCGGCACAAAAUUGAAGAUUGUGUUGUUACAUGUGCAGAUAUAAUAUUUGACAUAUUUGAUCGACUUUUUAGAACGAAUUCACAGUUUGAAAAUGGAAGUGAAGAUGAACUUUGUUUAAUAAUUUCAAAGGUUUUUCGCUCAAUAGUUCAAACAUCCAUUUAUCUGAUCAAUGAAAAAAUAGUAUUCUCAACGUUCGCUGCUCUUCUUGCCGUUUUAUUAAAUAAAAUGUCUGCUCAAAUGUAUAAAAUUUAUGUUGAUGGAUUGCAUACUCGCAUUGAUAAACAUGAUUUUUUGAUGGAAUUAUUGCAUCUUUUUCGUGAUCUUAUAAAUAGAUCUCCUUUCUCUUCGUCAUGGUUUUACAUGAUUUAUUUGCUCAAUAAAACAAUAUUAAAAACACUUAAAUUUAUAAUGCAGACUAUCGUAGAACAAUUUUAUGGUAUCGAAUUCGAUCUUGAUCUUUGGCGGGAAUAUAUGUUAACAAUGGUAACAUUUUCCUGUCAAAAAUCUCUUCAAAUUGGUUCGUUACCAACUACAAAACGAUCUCGCUAUCUCUCUUCUCAACUCGAUCUUCGAAAAAUUGCUGUUGCUGAUCUUCGUUCAAUGUGGUUCCGUUUGUCGAUGAAAGAUAAGGGUAUCUUCAUUCCUUUUAUGGUUGGAUCUUUUCUACAAGUUGCUCUCAUUGAUGAUGAUGUCGUUAGAGAAACUGUCAUUCCAAUUUUUUUCGAUAUGCUCCAGUGUGAAUUUCUCUCACAUCCCUUUAGAGAUUUUUCUCGGUUCGCAAAUGAAAUGAUUAUACAACUCGAUUGUCUGGUAGAUGAAGAUCGAGGCGACUUAUCUUUCAAAGAACAACUUAAACGUAUUAUGUUACAAAUGUGCAGCACUGAUCCUGAACUUAAAACUGAAGGAUGCAGAUUUGUGCAUACCAUAGACACCUUGUUGAAACACUUAUUUGAAUAUCGCGAAGUCAGAACAAAUGCGUACUGUAUUGAGAAUGGUAUGGAUCGUACCGUCCAACUGUUGAAAUACUAUGAUGCGAUUGGUCAACAUGAUCUUUAUAUUAGUUAUGUUUAUAAAUUAUACGAUUUGCAUAUGUUAAGCAAUAGUAAAGUUGAAGCCGCAUAUACUCUACUUAAGCAUGGUGAAACGCUAACAUGGGAAGAUCGCGAACUCUCUCCAGCAUUAUUAAGUGCCCAUUUGAAUCGUCACUGCGGAACUCAUCGACAGUUGAAAGAAGCUCUAUACACCGAAGUAGCCAAUCUUUUUGACGAGAAAGAAAUGUGGGAAGAUGCUAUCUCUAUCCUUAAAGAAAUAAAGCGGCUUGCUGAUCUAUAUCACAAAAUAAGUGCUCAAAGUCGUGUUGGAUUCACAUUUUAUUUGGUCGGAUUUUAUGGUCUUGAUUUUCCAGUGUAUUUAAAUAAUCAGCAAUAUAUAUAUCGAGGAAAUGAAUGUGAGGCAAUCUCGAGUUUCCAACAUCGAAUGUUAUCCACAUUUCCCGGUACUGAAUUAGUUACAUCUAUGGAUGAUUGUUCUCAUUUAUCAGAAAAAAGUGGACGGUAUCUUCAGAUUUUUCCAGUACAAACAUAUUGUGAGAAUAAACCUCAGAAGAAAUGUGCCAACCGUUUGAUUUGCUGGUACUGGAAAAACAAUCGGAUUGAAAACUUUGAGUAUUGUAAAGGCCAGUUUCGAAAAGGAACAAAAUGGACCGAAUUAGAAGAUAGCGAAAUUAUGCGAUCGUGGGUUAUUCGUCGUUUCGUUAAAUCAGUCGAACCACUUCCAAAUAUUUUAAAAUGGUCACUUGUCGCUUCAAUUUCUGAGCCAAUUGAAUAUUCUCCUUUAAUGGAAGCUGUUCGAACGAUGCAAAGAAAUAAUGAUGAAUUAGAAGAAAUGGCACAUGUCGUCUUUUCCACUCCGCUUGAAUCUGUGGUUCCCCUUGGUGGAAAAAUCAGAGGAAUUGUGCAAGCCUUUGUGCAAGGAGGAAUAAAAAAUUAUAAAGUAUUUUUCACGGAAGAAUGCAAAGCAGUUUUAAAUCAGUCCGAGCGGGAGCUUGUUCUUCAAUUAGAGGCUUUAAUAAAGAAUCAGAUUCCAAUUCUUGAAUUCAGUUUAUAUGUUCAUGCUUCUCGUGAACAUCAGAUUGACUUACAGUUCCAUGAAUCACUUGCUCAAUCAUUUAAUGAAUAUAAAAUCAGCGUUGAAGAAAGAUUCGGUAAAAUUCCUUCUCAGCUUCCUCCAGGUUGUUCGAUUCAUAUUUCGCAUUCUCACAAAAAUAUUGAAGAACGGAAAAUGAAUAAUUUCGAUUCAUCCAUCUCUCCAACUGUUAUGAGCAUAACUGGUGUAUUCCGUAGAGGCGGUGGUCUUUACAAUACAAAAAGUGGCCGAAAUACUCCGAAAAAAUCAUCUAGAGGUGAUAUAAAGAGUACUACGGAAACGAGUUCUUCAAAACGAAUCUCUUCAUCAUCUGAUCAUAGUAUGGAUAGUGUAUUCAACGAUUUGAAUAAUGGUACACCGCGAUCGACGUUAGAUUUAUCACGAUUCGAACAUUCAUUCCAGUCUCCAUCUUCGCUGUCAUCUUAUACAGGAGAUGGCCAUAGCCGUCAUAUCGAUUGA